GACCUCUCAGGACCAGGGAAGGGAAACACUGCUGGAAACAUGUAGUCCGAGAGAGGGCCUGAAACCGACACCGAAGUGAAACCUCAUUUUUUAAACCUACCUCAACAAGAACGUUUAUUUAAAGGGGAUCUGGCAACCGCGUUUCUUCACAACUCCGUGACGUUCACCGCCAGCCAUUUUGAGUUGUUUGUUCAGAGACGCGGGUUUGUUUUUCUCCACAGACAGACGGGGAAGACCGACGACACGACAAAAGAGCAGCUCAAAAGACAUUUUGCACAACCAUUUUGUAAUUAUGGGUCCACCGAGAAGCAAAUCUAGUCGUUUAUUAUCCGAAAGAAGGGAGAAUUUCAGUUGGUUUGUUCAUUUAUCUUGACAUGGCAUGGGUGGUUUGGUCGGUUGGUCUGUGACGACGGAGGAAAACAACGCAGCAGCGGAGAGAAACGAGUUGGGCAGCAACCAAGCUUUUGCACGAGAAAAGUGUUUUCUUUUACAGAUUGUUAUUUGAGAGCGGUACACAGUUGUGGUUUCUUAAACGAAACAGCAAACGCUACGGCGGUUAAUCCAUCGACAAAAUGAUAACGGCAAACCCGCGAGAUGUUGAGGAACAGUAAACGUUAGUUAACAUUAGCUGUCUUUGCUAACUGAACCAGACACACCACGCAGUUCCCAUUUCUGCUAGAAGAGGCAGCGAAACAGAGACCAGACAACAAUAACAAAAAGGCAGAAAAUGUAAGGGUGAGGCCUUGAGCAGACGUUGGCUAGCAAGCUAUCAGUGACCUAUUACAGUUGAUCUGAAAUGUAGCUGACGUUAAGUGAACUCGGCGUGUUGUUGGCGAGGGGAGAGUGCGAGCGCACAGCUUAGCUUAGCUGAGAGAAGUUUCGUUAGCUAAGCAGCCACAAGGAGCCUAAAAAUGGAGACUCACAGCAGCGGUGACACUACAGCAGACCGUGGGCCGAGUUCACGGCCUUAAACCCCAGGAUGUCAAGCAGUUUCUGUGUUCUUGUACCAGGUGCCAACGCCUCCAGGCAUCUUACAUUUCUCUGCCAUGGUCGCCUUUACCCCCCGUCAUUCACUUGUGCGUUACUGAAGACAGUUUAAUGCAAUAUGAACACAAACAAGACGUGUCGUGGAAGAGACUCCAAAGUCCGCAGUAGUCAGGCCUCGUAAAGCCUAAAUAUUUUUUUCUGAGCUAGCUUAAGGUAGCAGAUUUGUUCAACUUAAGUCAGGGAUCUACUUCUCUAUCUCCUAAAGUAAUAAGCUGUCGGCAUGUCAUUUGUUUUGCCAGUUUCAGUUACAUCUAUAAAAUGCAGAAUUGAGGUUUGUUGAGCUCGGGAUUGCAGCAGUAGCGAGUUAGUAAUAGUCUAAAACUGGCCUGUGCUUGUUCGCUCGGCUUGUUGCUCAAACAUGGUGUGAUAUUCAGACACGAUUCAAAAUUGUUGAGCCCCAUGUGCACUACCCAGACUGAUCUCAAAAUGACUUGAUUCAGUGAAAAAAAUGGUUUGAUUUUGGUAGAUUUGUUUCCUCAUUAGAAUUAGUGUAUAUUACAGGUAGUGCCGGAUCUUUUUUUUCUUUAACUGUUUUAAAAAACGCAAAAGCAAUUUGAACAACGUAGCCUGCUCAUAGGAGGCACUGAAAGGGGAAAGAGUGUAUAAAGAAAGCAAUUCCUAAAUAACAAUGGGAGACCCAACAUCUCGAAGAAAUCAAACGAGAAACCGACUCCGUGCCCAGCUACGGAAGAAAAGGGAAUCUUUGGCUGACCAGUUCGACUUCAAAAUCUACAUUGCCUUCGUGUUUAAGGAAAAGAAAAAGAAGUCUGCUCUUUUUGAGGUAGCUGAGGUGGUACCUGUCAUGACCAACAACUAUGAAGAAAAUAUCCUCAAAGGAGUGAAGGAUUCAAGCUACUCUUUAGAAAGUUCAUUGGAACUUCUUCAAAAAGAUGUUGUGCAGUUGCAUGCCCCUCGCUACCAGUCAAUGCGCAGGGAUGUAAUAGGUUGCACCCAGGAGAUGGACUUCAUCCUUUGGCCCCGCAACGAUAUUGAGAAGAUAGUCUGUCUUCUGUUCUCCAGAUGGAAGGGAGCUGACCAUGAACCAUUCAGGCCUGUUCAGGCAAAGUUUGAAUUUCACCAUGGAGACUAUGAGAAACAGUUUUUGCAUGCUGUUGGCCGGAAGGACAAAGCUGGGAUGGUUAUGAACAACCCAAAUCAGUCUGUGUUUCUUUUCUUGGACAGACAGCACUUGCAGACUCCAAAAACCAAGGCCACAGUUUUCAAGUUGUGCAGCCUCUGCCUCUACCUGCCACAGGAUCAGCUGACCUGUUGGGGGGUUGGAGAUAUCGAAGACCACCUCCGUCCAUACAUGCCAGACUAGGAGAGACAUAGAAGAUUCCUCCCAAGGCCACUGAAGCAAGUUGACCUCAUACACAUCCCUCAGUUGAAUAGAAUUGAACUUGUGCUUGGAACUCUCCUUUUUGUUAACCACUCAUUUUCAUUCUGAGGUUAAUUUAGUUGUUUUUUAUGUCCCUCCAGCCGACCAGUUUUGGGUUGGUUCAUUCAUUUACUCUACACUUAACCUGUCUGCUUUUAUUUGAACUUGCACGAACAUUGUUUUUGAGUGGUUGUUCUCUUGGAGCAGCACUGUCAGCAACAACAGACACAGAAGGAACUCCGUAUAUUGGGGGAGUAAAAAAGCAAACCAAUGCAAGGGGUUCCUUUUAUUUGGGCCUCUUGUGUUGCACUGGUUCUGAUACCAGUGACAUGAGUGGGUAGUUAACUUGUCUCUAAUUUUUGGGGGAAAGGAUAGUUUUAAGAGUAAUGACAAUCAGUGACAGAUGAUCGAACAGCCUGCUUAGUCUUAGAUGAACAAUACUUGGGUACAUUUAUUUGGUGUAGACAUUGUUUCUCAUUUUCAACUGCCUGUUUUGCUGGACAUUUUGUUUUUUUGAGUGUCAUUCCUUGCCUGUACCUUUCUUCAUUUUAUUGUUUUGUAAUUUCUGGAAGAGUGAUGCCUGAUGGGUUGGAGGUAUUAAACAUACUUUUCAUCUGAG